CGACUAGUCCGGUCGCCCUAUCAAGUCCACUCAGUCGAUCAUACCCUAUUCGAUAUUCUGUUUGCUUCGGUUCUCCGUUUUGGGUCUUCUCUGUUUCUCAAACAGGAAUUUCUCUUCUAAACAUGAAGGCUGCCAAGGGUAAGGGGGCAGCAAGGAGGGACACAAAGGAAGCAUUGAAGCCUACUGAAGACAGAAAGGUUGGGAAGCGAAAGGCUGCUGUUAAGGCAGAAAAGAGUAGCAAAAGAGCGACCAUGAAAGACAAAAAGGCCAUGAAAGACCCCAACAAACCAAAGAGGCCUCCCAGUGCCUUUUUUGUAUUCCUUGAGGAGUUCAGAAAGGUCUUCAAAAAGGAAAAUCCCAAUGUGAAGGCUGUCUCAGCUGUUGGGAAAGCUGGCGGAGAGAAGUGGAAAUCCUUGUCUGAGGCUGAAAAAGCUCCAUAUGAGGCUAAAGCUGCAAAAAAGAAGGCUGAGUAUGAAAAAAUUAUGAAUGCUUACAACAAGAAGCAGGAGAGCACUGCUGAUGAUGGUGAUGAAGAAUCUGACAGGUCAAAAUCUGAAGUGAACGAUCAAGAUGAUGAGGGGAGUGCAGAGCAGGAGGAAGAGGAUGAGGAGGAGGAUGAUGAUGAAGACUGAACUUGCAUGCUUUCUGAAUUGGUCAUUCUGGCUGAUCCAGUGCAACAAUGCUGCAUUCUGUAUGUUAACACUUACAGUUGUGGUGCUUCUUGAAACAGGAAAAGAAGCACCUUGUGCCAUUUUAUCUUCUUAAGUUAUUUGUACACUUUGCAUCAGCUCUCUUCUUUGGUUGAAUAUAGUAUUCUAGGUUCCCACAAUGCAUGUCCUGGAGUUCUGUUUGAGUUCUUAUCUUCAAACGAUUAAAGCCAAAUACAUCUUUUUAUCA